CCUACGCCUUCCCAGCGGUCGUGACAUAGAAGAUGAAUUUAUACCAUACGGGCCUCUCCAUAUUGUUACAGAAUACAUGAUAUACCAAAUAUACGAUAUACUAGCAGCUGAUAUGAAGUAUGUGAUUGAACAGCGGCUACACUCCCCUACAUCAAUGUCAGAAUUGUUGGCAUCCAGGCCAUCUUGCCAAAUACUGCCAUUCCACAAUCUGAUGCCCUCUCUGCCCAACCUGGUCAUAAUCAAUCAAACUGCUCUGCACAUGUGCCAAUUGUGGUGGUUCCCAUUAUUUAUUUUAUAGUGGCUGCUCUACCUACAAUUUUGAAUCUGAAGUGGCAAGUCUCAGAUUCAAACUUGGCCUCACUAUACGCAAAGCCAGGCAGGAAGCAUCUCAACAAGAAUUAUGACUUCACCCCCAGACCCAGUGUUUGUCCUUAGAGGAGCCAGUGCUCCAGUCACAUCUGUUACUUUCUUAGAAUAUGAUGGAACAGGGAAAAUACAAAGGAUAGCUGCUGGAACACAGGAGGGACAAGUCUUCAUAUGGGAUCUCAAGACAAGAAGUAUAGUGUGCAAAUGGUCAGGUCAUCCAGGAUCAUCAAUUGUAUGGAUACAUAAUCCUGUUCCAGGAAAACUGUGGACACAAGGGAGACAUGAUAGCAUCAAAUUAUGGGACAUCACUAUAUCACCACCUGAGGCUGAAUCUCAAUAUCCUAUAGUUGAUUACCUUGGUUUCAGUCAGUGCAGCUUAACUUGUUUACCUAAUGGGAAUAGCCUGCUAGCAGUACCUGGUCCAGACCAAGUAGGUGUCACUGUUUGGGAUACCAAGACCAAGUACAAAAUAUGCUCUCUGGUUCCCCAGGAUGCCAAGAGUCGAGGAAGUCUUAUGCAAGUGAUCUGGUUGAACUUUGCAGAGCACAUUCAACCUCUUAUUGCCUAUGAGAGUGGCCAUAUCAGUUUGUGGGACUGGAGCAAUACUUCUCUAAUCAGUGAGAGUAGGGUGAAUGACAAUCCUAUAUGCAUUUCAUUUCAUAAUGACUCUAAAACUGGAAUAGUUGGCACUGCUUCAGAAAAAGUGUUUGUCUUUAGGAUUGAUAAUAAUAUGUCAGUAACAAUUGACAAAGAGAUUCAGAUCACUAAUCCUGGAGUAUCAUCAUGCAUUACACGUCCAGACGGAAAAAUAUUUGCCCUAGGAGGGUGGGAUUCUCGCAUCAGAUUAUUUUCCAGUAAGAAAUGCAAACCUCUAGCUGUUUUACAGUAUCACAAAAAGACUGUAGAAUGCCUUACCUUUUCUAAAUGUGAUGUAGAGCAUUAUGGAUUUGGUUAUAUACUUGCAGCAGGUUCUUCUGACCAUGGUAUUUCCCUGUGGAACAUCUUCAAUACAUAGUGUAACAAGAUAAUUAAUAUGCAAUACUUUUUUUGAAAGUUAUUGAUAGACAUUGAAUUGAUUAUUAGUUCAAACCUGUCAAGAAUGCAUUGUCAAAAAAGUCAUAGAUAGUUCAGGAGUUUUAUCUAUAUUUUAUUUUUUGUCACAUGUCAUUUACUGUGGAUUAGUGCAUAAUUCUUUGGACAGUAUUGUAUUUGUUUAUUACAUAUAAAUCAAUUACAAUGCAGAUGAAAUACUAUUUUCUUUAUUCUACUAUAAUAUGAAAACUCAUGAAUAAGGGAUGAAAUAAAAUUGUAAAUUAGA